CGUUAAAGGUUCCGCGUGACUCUGCCGCCUGUUCUGUCCAGUUAUGACGUGUAGCGACCUCGGGAGUCAAAGGAAAGACACUGGGGGACCCAGGAGACCUAGAAAUGGUGAGGUUUUGGGUCUGGAGUCAAGAUGAGGGGGAGGAGUGUCUGACCCAUCGAGACUUUCCUUCUUCAUUCGUGCUCGGGGUCCAUUGCUGCCUGCUGUUAACGGUCCCUGGUGACUCUGCUUCAGCCUCUGUCGCUGUGACCUGCACUGACCGUGGGGGUCAUAGGAAGGAUUCAGGGGUCCGGGAGCCCUAGAAAUGGACUCAGUGGCCAUUGAGGACGUGGCUGUGACUUCAUUCUGGAGGAGUGGGCUUUACUGGAUCCUUCACAGAAGAAACUCUACAGAGAUGUGAUGUGGGAAACCUUUAGGAUCCUGGCCUCAGUAGGAAAAAUAUGGGAAGAUCAUGAUAUUGAAGAUCAGUACAAAGACCAGGAGAGAAAACAGCGAAAUCAUAUGGUAGAGAGACUCUGUGGAAGUGAAGAGGGUAGUCAGUGUGGAGAAAACAUCAACUUUAUUCCAAAUCUCAAUCUAAACAAGAAAACCGCAGGAGCUAAACCAUGGGAAUGCAGUGCAUGUGGAAGAGUCUUCAUGCAUCAUUCAUCCCUUAAAAUGCACGUUAGAUGUCACACUGAACACAAACAACAUGACUAUAAAAAAUGUGGAGAGAAGCGAUGUAAAUGUAUGGAAUGUGGUAAAGCCUUCACAUUUCUCAGUUCUCUUCGAAGGCAUGAAAUAGCUCAGACUGGAGAGAAGCCCUAUGAAUGUAAGAAAUGCAGUAAAGCAUUCACUUCUUCCAGAUCUCUUCAAGAUCAUGAAAGUACUCAUACUGGAGAGAAAUCCUAUGAAUGUAAAAAAUGCAGUAAAGCAUUCGCUUGUUCCAGUUAUCUUCAAAAACAUGAAAGACAUCACACUGGAGAGAAACCCUAUGAAUGUAAAAAAUGCAGUAAAGCAUUCAGUAUUUCCGCUUACCUUCGAAUUCAUGAAAGAAUUCAUACUGGAGAGAAAACCUAUGAGUGUAAGAAAUGUAGUAAAGCAUUCUCUUCUUCUAGGUCUCUUCAAGUACAUGAAAGAGCUCAUACUGGACAGAAACCCUAUGAAUAUAAAAAAUGUAGUGAAGCAUUCGCUUCUUCCACUUCUCUUCAAAGACAUGAAGACAUCACACUGGGGAGAAACCUUAUGAAUGUAAAAAAUGCGGUGCAGCAUUCACUUAUUCCACUUCUCUUCGGCUACAUGAAAGAACUCAUACUGGAGAGAAACUCUGUAAGUGUAAAAAAUGCAUUCCUGGAUAUGCCCAGUCCCUUGUACAUUUGGCUACUUUCUUAG